UCCCGGGGCGGGGCUUGUAUGUUUUUACUUCCGGAUCCGACAGCUAUGACGCCGGAAGCCGGAAGCGGGGAUUUCGAUAGCGGAGAAGGAAAGGGCGACCGCGGAACUGGAACUUUCUCGGAGCGCCGGGGCCCUACCUGCAUUCACAGUCCGCAGCUCCCACCCUUCUCACGUCUGACGGACUUUGCUGACAGCCCGCGCCCUGUUGGAUGAGCAGGCACCUCUGGAAGAGCCAACUGUGUGAGAUGGUGCAACCCAGUGGUGGCCCGGCAGCAGAUCAGGACGUGCUGGGUGAAGAGUCUCCUCUGGGGAAGCCAGCCAUGCUGCACCUGCCUUCAGAGCAGGGCGCUCCUGAGACUCUCCAGCGCUGCCUGGAGGAGAAUCAAGAGCUCCGAGAUGCCAUCCGGCAGAGCAACCAGAUGCUGCGAGAGCGCUGCGAGGAGCUUCUGCAUUUCCAAGCCAGCCAGAGGGAGGAGAAGGAGUUCCUCAUGUGCAAAUUCCAAGAGGCCAGGAAACUGGUGGAGAGACUCAGCCUGGAGAAGCUCAACCUGAAGAGGCAGAAAGAGCAGGCUCUGCGGGAGGUAGAGCACCUGAAGAGAUGCCAGCAGCAGAUGGCUGAGGACAAGGCCUCUGUGAAAGCCCAGGUGACAUCCUUGCUCGGGGAGCUGCAGGAGAGCCAGAGUCGCUUGGAGGCUGCCACUAAGGAAUGCCAGACUCUGGAGGGUCGGGCCCGGGCGGCCAGCGAGCAGGCGCGGCAGCUGGAGAGUGAGCGCGAGGCACUGCAGCAGCAGCACAGCGUGCAGGUGGACCAGCUGCGCAUGCAGGGCCAGAGCGUGGAGGCCGCACUCCGCAUGGAGCGCCAGGCUGCCUCGGAGGAGAAGCGGAAGCUGGCCCAGUUGCAGGUGGCCUAUCACCAGCUCUUCCAAGAAUACGACAACCACAUCAAGAGCAGCCUGGUGGGCAGCGAGCGGAAGCGAGGAAUGCAGCUGGAAGAUCUCAAACAGCAGCUCCAGCAGGCUGAAGAGGCCCUGGUGGCCAAACAGGAGGUGAUCGAUAAGCUGAAGGAGGAGGCCGAGCAGCACAAGAUUGUGAUGGAGACCGUUCCGGUGCUGAAGGCCCAGGCGGACAUCUACAAGGCGGACUUCCAGGCUGAGAGGCAGGCUCGGGAGAAGCUGGCCGAGAAGAAGGAGCUCUUGCAGGAGCAGCUGGAGCAGCUGCAGAGGGAGUACAGCAAACUGAAGGCCAGCUGUCAGGAGUCGGCCAGGAUCGAGGACAUGAGGAAGCGGCAUGUUGAGGUCUCCCAGGCCCCCUUGCCCCCCGCCCCCGGUUGAGCUUCCAGAACAACUGGUCGGAUUACUCUUGGGAGGGAACCAGCCUGCCUGCCCUAUUGGCUGCGGCCCCUUGAUGCACAAGCCAGAACCCCGUUCCUCCUGGAGCUUGUGGCGUUCUCUGGUGUUUAUGCGCGCUCCCCCUCCUGCCAACCAACGCACGAGAGCAGUGCGGGUGACCAGUAAGCACAGUGAGAAGGUGUUUCGCCCUCAUCGGUAACUAAAACAACACCAAGUCCAACAGCAAGCCAAAAGUGAUCUGAAAAUGGCAACUGAUGAAGCCGUAGGUGAGCACUCUGCCGGCAAGGUGCAGGACAGAGGCCUUGCAAUGCCGUCCCUUCCGAGGGGGCCAUUUGCUGGGAUGGAGCAAGCCCGUAGGCAGCGUCCUCAGCCCUGGUGCGUAACCCUAAGAGAGAGUCGGGCACUCACGAUGACUCUGGCUUUGGGGAGGCGCUUCACUUCAUCGUUUGUAGCUGCCAAAGGUUGGGGUAAGAUAAGAGGCUGCAUAUGUAACGACGUGGCCCGGCACAGCUGGCAUUUUGAGCAUCUCACACGCAACAUGCCUUAUAGCAUGUUGGUGUGAACAGGCUAGGUGCCAAACUUAUGGAUAAAGCGUGACCCCAGUAGAGAAGUAAAAGCUCUGAGUGCACACCCUGCUAACAUUUGGAGGGACGUGAGUAGCUGGGUGGCCAGUAAUGAGAAGUUUCCCUUACAUGUUAAUAUAUUUCCUAAAUGCUUAUAAUUUGCACGCAUUCCUUUGAUACACACAAUACGUCUUUCCACACAGUGGCUCGGGUGUUAACGCAGCUUGGUUUUCUUCUGUGCCAGUGGCAGGGAAGAGCUCACUGUUGACACAGCCGGUCAGCAAGGCACGGGCAGGGGCUUACCGUGUCUCCUGGGGCUGCCGUGACCAAGUACCACAGACUUCGGCGAGGCCGAAGCCCCAGAAACGUGUGGCCUCCCGGUUCCGGAGGCCUGGAGGCUGAGCUAGCGGUGGUGUCUGCAGGGUGAGCUCCCCGCCAGGGCCGUGAGGGAGCGGCCUUCCAGGCCUCUCCCCGGCGCCGGGGGCCCCCGGCGGCGCCUCUCCAGCCUCCACCUCCGUCAUCCCGUGGCCUUGUCCCCGCGGGCCUCUGUGCCUGUCCUCCUCUUUUGACAAGAACACUGGAGAUACACAAAGAUACACAAAAGUGGGCCUUUGUUCAAGCUGGGAAAAGAGAUUUUCUUCAGAAACCCCUGCUUGUGGGGGAGAGAGCUGAGCUCCGUUCCCGCCCCAGCAGAGGCGACCUGGCUUUGCUAAGGGAGGAUGAGGGAGUCGGGAGGGGGCGAGUGGAGGCUCAGGUGAAAGAUGACAGGGCAGCCAGCGUCCUUGCCACGAGGCCAGCCGUGUGUGGGAGCUGCUGGUGCUUACCAAGGUUGGGAUUCUUCCCUCCCGUGGAGACUGGGAGACCGGGCCCCAUGCCUCCUGAGGUUUCCAUUUCCAAGGAGUGGCUGCGGGGCCCUCGGGAAAGACCCUGGGUUGUGGGUGCUACGCAGAUGUCUCAAAGGGACAGGCUAAGCCCUUGCUAGUAAAUGCUGUAAGAAAGGGAGGUCAGGUGUUGGCCGGAACAGACAGUAAAUGCUUUGGACAGCCCUGAGCAUUUCCAGACGGGAACUCACUCAAAAGGGGGCUGGGGCGUCCCAGGGGCACGGCCUUAGGCUCCCAGAGGCCCCGUGAGGUGGUGGCCGGGUGUCUUCGUGCAGGGGUUUGAGUGGAGCGUGCCUGCCGAGACGCUCUGCAGUUCCUAGCACCAUCAUUUUCUCCUCCUCAGACCCCUUGGUUCUCCUCCCACGCCCCAGCAGCUGCUUCGCAGGCUCCUUGCUGGUUCCUUUGUCUCCGAGCUGAGUCCUGAAUUCUCUUCCUCUCCUUGCUCAGACGCCCCCACUUUGUGACCUCGUCCAUCUUCAAGGCCUUGAUGCUGAUGACAGAUUUCUAUCUUCCAGUCCUGAUCUGUUCCUUCAUGAAAAUGAGCCCAGUAGCCCGUCGAAGCCAGAACUGGACUUUUAGCCCCCACCCCCUGCCAACUCUACCCUUUCCCUCAUCCCCAGUUGCUUAAGCCAAAGUGGAUUCCUCUUCCUCUCAUGAUCCAAACUCCUGAGUCCCUUCACCUUUUGCCUAGACUAUCACGGCGACCUCAUUGCUGCUUUCACAGUGGAGAGCGUGGGCUCCCUGUGAUCUACUCUCCACACGGCAGCUGGUGUCAUCUGGUAAACCCUUGCUGAAACCCUCCCAUGCCCUUCAGUUGCCCUGGAAACCUGAACUCCAUCCGCAGUCUGGCUCCCAGAGCCCCCACGCCACUGGCACUCACGUUAUGUCCCUCUCCUGCUGGCCCGCUGCACCCAGCCGCACCACAUGCUGGCCGUACCACAUACACGCUGGCCAAUUUUGGCCCUUCCUCGAACACGCGGCGCUUGUACCUGUUGUCCCCUCAUCUUUGCAUGGCCGAUUUCUUUUUCUCAUUCAGCUCUAAGUUUAAAUCUUCAACAGUUCUAAGUGGAUCACCUUCUUCACCUUAAAGUCCUCAUCCUAAAUCACACUGCGCUGUUUUAACUCCCUGCUUGGCAGCAAAUGGCCUCAUUUAUUCUGCUUUGUUUUCUCUCUCCUUCCACCAGAGGGAGAGCAGAGGCCUCCUCCAGCUCAGUCAGGCACCAUCCCCUGGAACAGCGGUCCCCAACCUUUUUGGCACUGGGGACUGGUUUUGUGGAAGACAAGUUUUCCACAGACGGGGGUGGGGGGUGGGGUGACGGUUCAGGGAUGAAUGUUCCCCUUCAGAUCAUCAGGCAUUAGUUAGAUGCUCAUAAGGAGCACACAACCUAGAUCCCUCAUACACGCAGUUCACAAUAGGGUUUGCGCUCCUGUGAGAAUCUAAGGCCGCCGCUGAUCUGACAGGAGGCAGAGCUCAGGCGGUCACGGGAGCAAUGGGGAGCGGCUGUACAUACAGAUGAAGCUUCACUCGUGUGCCCGCCACUCGCCUCCUGCUCUGCAGCCCAGUUCUUAGGCCACAGACCGGUAUCGGUCCACGGCCAGGGGGUUGGGGACCUCUGCCCUAGAACGACGCUCAGCACAGCCACACUCGGUACACAUUUCUUGGUGGCCUGAGCUUGUCUUGAAGCUCCAUCAGGAUUUCUCGGUCAAUAUUUUUGUAGACCCUACCCUGUCACCGUAAGUGGUGCUUGGUAGAAAUGACUGUAUUAAUGUGAUAGAGAUAACAUGGAAAACCCAUGGUAGAGAGCAUGGCGACUAACUUGGGGGGACUUCUUGUUGCCUUUUUUUUUUUUCAUUUUUGCAGCAAUGCAGAUAUUGUCAUAUUGCUGGGGCUGGUCUCAAACUCCUGGGUUCAAGCAAUCCUCCCACCUGUGCUUCCCUAAGUGUUGGGAUUACAGGCGUGAGCCACUGUGCCCUGCAUGGGGGGACUUCUUAUAAGCAUUUUUAUUUAUUUAUUUGGAAUUCGGAUGCAUAGAUCACGUUGGCCUGAUAAUGUAUGCGCAAGAGCACAGACUCUGGGGUCUUAUGGACAAGCCCCACUCUGGCCCUUGCUUAAUCUCUCUGAACCUUAGUUUCCUCAUCUGUAAAAAGGGCAGAAAUGCCAUCCGUGUGCAGCAGAGUACUGAUGAAAGGAUGGAUGCAAUGCUCUUACGGCAGUGCCCGACCCAAGGCACAAGGAAAAACCACGAAAGCAAUUCCAAUUUACACCAUGCCCCAAAUUGGAUUUUCCAUUCGACUAUAAUUCCUCCCAAUAAGGGCUCAAAACGUUGUCUCAGGGAAGGCGAUUGGUGGUUGGUUGCCCACGGCUGGAGGAGUUGGGAGACAACGGGGAGUGACUGCUAAUGGAGACAGGGUUUCCUUUUGGGAUGUAGAGAGUGUCCUGAAGCUGGUCAUGCUGAUGGUUGCACGUAUCUAUUAAUAUACUAAAAGCCAUCCAAUUGUACACUUUAGACAUGUGAAUUGUGUAGCGUGUGAAUUAAACCGCAAGUUGUUAUUUUAAAAA